AUGGCUAUCGAUGUAGGAUCACCCACAGAGCUGGCGGAGGGUGAUUCUGAGGAGGAAACCGAGAACAAGAAGCACAACAAGGUGAAGCUGGAAAAGCGGAAAAGGGUCGCCAAUGACAAUCCUGCACGUGCUCGUCCUGUUCCUGAACAUGAUGAUGAAGACGAGGACCUUGAUAGCCCUAGCAAACGUGCAAGUGUUGGAGAUGAAAAGCCCCUCACUGCGAGUGAAUUGCGUGUGCUCCUCUCUGGACAUGUUGCAGAGAUGAAAACUGCGUGGGGUGAAUUCCAUGGUCGCUUAGGUGCAGUCGAGUCCGAACAAGCACGGGUGAAAUCCACUGUGGGUGACUUGCAGGCUAGAACGGUUGUAGUUGAGAAGGACGCAGCUCAGCAAAGACAAAUUGCCCAAGACGCGGCCAACAGCCUUGAGAACCUCGCCACGGAAGUCAAGAACAUGAAGGUUCGCAUCGACCGUGUCGAAAACUCGGGGCGUAACAAUGGGACCAAGCCUGCUGAAGCUGGGCAACCUGACCCUUGGGCCGACUUCCUUCAAAAACGAGCCGCUCUUCCCGCCAAUGAUGGGGUGAACUUGCCCGCUAACUCCAAGAGUGCCACCAGCAAAGAUGAUCAGCUCUCGGAGGAGGAGAAGAGAACACUUGUUGUCGGUGGAUGGCUGCAAGACACCAGGCGGGGUGUCAUUGAGGAAGAAUCCGCUGUGAUCCUCGCUCUCCCUGAAAUCAAGGACCUCAUUGACGGGGACAAACUUGCUGUGUAUGGACCGCGACGCUCAGUUGGUAUGCUCAAGUUCAGCCGUAGGGGUGAUGAAACCGAGGGUGACAUGCGGAACAGAAUGUGGGAGGUCAUCAAGGCACUGUCCAAGAUCAAGUAUAUCCUUCCCUCUACGAGACAAGCUGGCGAGGAUCGACCUAUGUGGGCAAGCUUCGUCAAGACCCGCACAGCCAGGCUCAAGAGCAGCCAUGUCAGCCUCAUCCGUCGUGUUGUCAUCGCUCUCGCUAAGGACGCUGGUGCCAAUGGAGCCGCUGGUGUGAAUGCCAUUGUCAAUGAUCAGCAGAGCGCCUUCGAUUGUGAUUGGAAUCUUGGCACUAUUUGGAGUGGCCCGCUCAAGCUUGGGAGCGCGUCCCACCGUCCCCCCCGGGGUGAAGAAUGCAUCACUCUGUCUGGUGGAUGGGUGAGCAUCACGGCCGUGGCCCAGAUCGAUUCUGUUGGGGGUGACCUUUCCCGCCCGUGUGCAAUACGCAGAUGGGGAAAGUUCGGGCAGUGGAACCUUGCUGGUCAGAAAGUGGACCUCCUUGACGUUGCUGUGCCUGACUUGGACAUCGUUGCAGUUCAGGAAAUUGCUCGUGGAGAACCUGGUUGGGGUGAAGUAUGCACGGAAGAAUUUCAGUGGACAACUCACCGUGCAGCUGGACAAUGGAGGGGUGUUGGCGUAGGGAUUGCCCUUGACAAACUGGAUUCUGUUUUGCACAAAGUGGCCACGAGCAGAGGUGUCUGGGUGGUUGCUCGCCUGGUUGACAUGGGGAGGGUCAUCAUUGGGUCUCUACAUGGCCAUACAGGGGUCACCAACGACGUCUACCAAGCUGCCGUCCAUGAGUUCAUCAAGGCAUGCCCCUCCAGAUACCGUCAUCUCCCUCUGCUGUGUGGUGUGGAUGCAAAUGAAGUUCCCUCAUGGAACCUGGUGGACGAACCCCUACAGUUGGGACACACUGGGAGUAAUCUCACCACCUUGGUGCACGACUCUCUCCAGCACGGUGUCGUCGCUGCCGCACCUGAGGUCGUCUUUGCCAAUGCGCCUACACAUUACCCCAGAGAUGAAGAAAGAAGUGGUCGCCAGAUUGACAUGAUUUUCUCUCGUCAAAUUCGUCUCCAGCCUGUCUCUUUCCAUGCUGAACGUCGGCAUACCAUAGGAACUGAUCACGCCCUUCUCAUAACUGACAUCCUUGUGACUCGCAAGAGAUCGAGAAACACCUGGGGCAAUGAUUCUCGUGCUCGCUGGAUGUCAGAGCCCCUCCCUGACGAUGUCGAAAUUAUCGAGGAAGAUGACAUCGUGCACAUUGCCAAGACAUGCACCCGCCCGAGAACAUCCUGUGCCUACAAGGACUCCGCCGAAGUUCGU